AUGCGCUGGGCCUGGGCCGUGGCCGCGGCCCUCCUCUGGCCUCAGCUCGUGCUCCCGGGGGGUGUCGGGACCCGGCGGGAGCCAAAGCGGCCACGGCAUCCCAGCCAGCGCACCGAGACCCUCAACGCCACCGCGGCCCACAGCGAGGGGCCGCCUGGCUCCCCCAAGCCACCUGAGGCCUCGGGGCCUGAGUUCUCAGACGCCCACAUGACGUGGCUGAACUUCGUCCGGCGGCCGGAUGAUAGGGCCUCGCAGAAACGGUGCCGGGGGCGGGACAAGAAGCCCCCGGGCUCCCCCGGCCCCCCCGGGCCCGCGGGCGCGGAAGUCACACAGGAGGCUCUGCUACGAGAGUUUCGGGAAAUGCUGAGAGAGGCCACCGAGCGUCGGUCCUCGGGGCUUUGGGGCUCGUUGCUGCCCGAGGGGACGGGCGGGCGGCUGGUGGCUGAGGCCUUCCACUGCCGGCUGAAGGGUCCCGUGCUGGUGGACAAGAAGACGCUGGUGGAGCUGCAGGGCUUCCAGGCCCCCACGGCACCGGGUGCCUUCCUGCGGGGCUCCGGCCUGAGCCUGGCCUCCGGCCGCUUCACAGCCCCCGCGACCGCCAUCUUCCAGUUCUCCGCCAGCCUGCACCUGGACCGCAGGGGGCUGCAGGGCAGGGCCCGGGCCCGGGACACCGUGCGGGUGCUCGUCUGCAUCGAGUCCCUGUGCCAUCGCCACACGUCCCUGGAGGCCAUCUCGGGCUUGGACGGCAGUGGCAGGAUCUUCACGGUGCUGGUUCAGGGGCUGCUCCAGCUGCAGGCUGGACAGUACGCCUCCGUCUUCGUGGACAACGGCUCCAGCACAGCCCUGACCAUCCAGAGCGGCUCCAGCUUCUCCGGCCUGCUCCUGGGCACGUGA